AUGAGUGAAUCGGAUAGGGAAGACAUUGAGAGAUUCAGGGAGGAACAGAGGAGGAAGCAGAGAGAAGAGUCAUUGAGCAGUGAGAGCGAGCUUGGCAACUUUGAGAUUGGGGUGAAUGUUGGAAGAGAAGAGAAUGAUGAUUCUCAAGGGGAACAAGAGGAUGAGGUUGAGGAAGUGGCUGAUGAGCCAAUGGAAGAGAAGGAAGAAGAUAAUGACCUCCCCAUGUUCCAAGAGCACUAUGAUGCUCUCUUCUCUAUGGAUUUUGUGAAAACCAAGUACCCUCAUGACAAGACCAUGAAAGCGCUUGGGAUGACCAAGGAUGUGGAGUUGGUGCUCAAUAACAUGCACUUGGCCAAGUUCUUCUCUCAUAGGAUGGAGUCUUACAAGGAGCUGACUUGUGAGUUCCUUGCAUCAUUGAGAUACUACAAGUAUGAUGAGGAAGAUAGAGCCGAUUUGGAUCAAGGAUUGGGGUGGAUCACGUUUUUGGCACUUGGAGUUAAGAGAAUGGUCACUUUUAGGCAGCUAGAGAUCUUAUUUGGCUUCAACUAUGGGGAAAGCACUCAAUGGAGGUUCACUGAAAGAGAGCUCCAAAGUGUUUGGGCUACAAUCUCUGAAGGAGAGUACUCUUCCUCAAGGUCCAAGGCCGCUCAGAUUAGGAGUCCAGUGCUGAGGGUAUGUGCACAAGGCGCUUGCCAACUCUUUCUUUGCAAGGAAGGCAACAGGCACUAUCAAUGA